AUGAGCGCAUUCAAGUUACUCGGUCUUGCUGCCCUUGCUGCUGCGGCCCCAGUAGAAGAGCGCGCAAAGAAGCCCAAGAGCUUUCUGAAAGAGCUUGGAGACUCGACUUGGGUUAUUGGUAACGAGAUCUGGAACGUUACACAGAAUCGCCAGUAUGCCAAUAAGUUGUGGUACAACGGGAAGGAUCGCGUCGGAAAUGCCGUUGGGCAUUAUGUUAGCUACAACGGUGCCGCAUCUGAUCUGAACUGGACAUCCGCCGCGAUUGUCGAUUCAGAUACCGACUACAUCAAUGUCAAGUUCACGGCGAAGGAAGGCGACUUUCAUUGGGUAAUCUACGAUGAUCUCCCAGGUGCAUACCAGUACUUUGUGAAUCAUGCCCUACCUACAUUGGGCGAGUUCCGUACUUUGUGGCGCCUCGACAAUACCUCAUUCCCUCGCGGUCAUAACAACGUCAAAGAUGGCGUGCUGCCCGCAUUGGAAGAGUACCUUCAAGGUACAAACGUGCAGGAUGAAACCUGGCAAAAAGCUGACGGAUCCUUCCUGACGAAGUACGACUGGAGUGGCUUCGUCCGGGAUCAGACAUACUACGGUGUUUAUGGCGACGAGGUGGGAAGCUGGUACUUCAACCCUGGAAAGGACUACUACAACGGCGAUCAUCUCAAGCAGGAGCUCAUGAUCCAUCGUGAAUCCCGGACCGGAGACGCAGUUCAGCUGAACAUGAUUCAUGGCACACAUUACCAGGCCAUUGCGCGUGAUUCCUUCGCUGAUGGUAAGAUUUGGGGUCCAUGGCUCUGGUACCUGAACGAUGGAAGCAAAGACGACGCUGCAGCCCGCUGGGAGAAAGAAGAAGCAGCUUGGCCUUAUAAAUGGUUCGAGAACAAGCCCUACCAAUCCCGCGGCAAGAUGCAGGGCAAGCUUCUCCUGAGCGACGGACGUCCAGCUGCCGGCGCUGCUGUCUUCCUCGGAGACAACCGCAACACCACAGUGUCAACGCUCGACCAAGGACAGAACUACUACUAUACCACCUACGCAGAUGAGGACGGCAAAUUCGAUAUUCACGACAUACGCACCGGCACAUAUGCGCUCUACGCUUGGGGCAACGGCGGCGCAAUCGGCGAUGUCACAACAAAUUUUACCCAGAACGAUGUUGAGAUCCGCGAGGGCAAGAACACGAACCUCAAAGAAAUGACCUGGAAGGUUACCGACAGCCAGAAGCGCAUCUUCCAGAUUGGCGACUUCGAUCGCACUACUGAUGGUUUCAAACUUGCUGACCCGGCCCACCCAUACGAACACGGCCGCAUCUCCAAGUGCCCUGCAAAUCUUACUUACACCGUCGGUACUAGCUCUCCCGCUGACUGGUGUUUCGGUCAAUCUGCCCUCGGCACCUGGUCCGUUCUCUUCCCGUCCAAGAGCACCGCCGCCGCUAAACUGACGGUAUCCCUCGCUGGCUUCUCCCAGGGCUCAAGCUGCGACAUCCUGCUCAACGAUGUCAAAGUGGGAAAUAUCACGAGUGCCAGUCUACUGAACAGCCAAGAUACGUAUCGUGGUGCUACACGAGCAGGUGAAUGGAGGUUGCUAGAGCUUCCGAUCGCAGAAGGCGCUUUGAAGAGUAAUGGAAGUAACCGCAUAGAUAUCAAGGUUACUAGGACUACCCAAUGGAGAGGGUGGCUUUGGGAUAGCUUGGUCUUGGAUCAGGUGUAA